AGGAGACUUUCAUCCCUGGAGACCAUGGACAAAUACGAUGUGAUUAAGGCCAUUGGGGAAGGUGCCUUUGGGAAAGUUUACUUGGCCAAAGAGAAAGCAGAUAGCAAGUUCUGUGUUAUAAAAGAGAUCAAUUGUGCAAAGAUGCCCAUCCAAGAAAAAGAAGCUUCAAAGAAAGAAGUGGUUCUUCUGGCAAAGAUGAAACAUCCAAAUAUUGUAACCUUCUUCAGUUCAUUUCAAGAGAACAACAGUCUGUUUAUUGUGAUGGAGUACUGUGAUGGAGGAGAUCUCAUGAAGAGGAUAAGUAAACAACGAGGAGUGUUGUUUAGUGAAGACCAGAUUCUGAAUUGGUUUGUACAGAUUUCUUUAGGACUAAAACAUAUUCAUGACAGGAAGAUCUUACAUAGGGACAUAAAAACACAGAACAUAUUUCUUAGCAAGAAUGGGAGUGUUGCAAAGCUUGGAGACUUUGGCAUAGCAAGAAUCCUAAGCAAUUCCAUGGAACUUGCUAGAACAUGUGUUGGAACGCCCUACUACCUUUCUCCAGAGAUAUGUCAGAAUAAACCCUACAACAACAAAACGGAUAUUUGGUCUCUAGGCUGUGUCUUAUAUGAGCUCUGCACACUCAGACAUCCUUUUGAAAGGUAAACAAUGCUACACCAGCUGGUUCUGAAGAUUUGUCAAGCACAUUUUACUCCCCAUAUCUCCAAGGGUUUUCCCCCUGACCUACAGUCCUUGGUAUCUCAACUUUUCAAAGUAUCUCCCAGAGAUAGGCCAUCUAUCAACUCAAUUUUGAAAAGAUCUUUUUUAGAGAAACUUAUUGCCAAAUACUUGACUCCUGAGCUCAUUCAGGAAGAAUUCAAACAUGCUGUCAACAACAGAGCAAGACCAUCAGCUUCUCGACCUGCGUGGAAGGCAGUUGACAAUUCUAAGAUACAGAAAGUAAGAUUCCAGGGAAUGUGCUUACCAAGAGCAAGGCGAUCAGUGCCAUCUGGAAGGAAGACUGUAUUGCACAGAAACCAGUGGGGACCCCCAGCUGGAUCAGAGAAACCCUUACCUGUAAGUGAUAGGGACAUCUUCCAAGUGUUUCUCGGGAAGCCCUCAGAGAUCCUCUCAGUGAUCUGUGCCGCAUAUCUUCAGAGGAAACUUGAAGCUCAGCAGUAUAAACUAAACGUGGAAAAGCAGUUGGGUCUUCGUCCAUCUUCUGCUGAAUCCAGACAUCACCAGAGACCAGAGCACAGACGUGCUGGACAAGAGCCUCCAUCCCAGGAACUGCAAUCCAGGAGAAAUGAAAUAAAGGAACAGGAAUAUUGGAAGCAGUUAGAAGAAAUACGCCAACAGUACCACAGUGACAUGAAGGAAAUUAGAAACAGAAUGGGUAAUGAACUGGAGGAGAACUCAAAAAUAGCUCACAAAACCUAUUUGGUGAAGAAGAGUAACCUGCCCAUUUUCUCAGAGGCAUGUGAGGACCUGACUCCCCUUCAGGAUAUAGAAAGAGACCUGGAACAAAUUACAAUUCAGAAUGUAAAAGAGAGUAAAAAUCCACAGCAGAAUUAUAAAGCUAAGAAAGGUGUAAAGUUUGAAAUUAAUUUGGACAACUGUGUUUUGGAUGAAAAUACUCUCCAAGGGGCAGAGACAAUGGAUAUACUAAAUAAAACCUUAACCUUUGAAGACAGUGAGAAGUUUAGGGAAUUUAAGUGUGUGGAGGAGCAUGAAGACUAUAUAGACAAAGCUUAUGAGAAGCUGUGCUGUCCAGAUACAGAUUCAGUUACACAAAGUGCAGUCACAGCAGAGAACAGGAGAAAGUGGGAGGCCAGAGCCCCCCAUACUCUGCUGCAAAUGAUGGCAGCUGCCGACAUCACCUCCACAUGCUCCACCAUGCCCCAGGAUGACCAAGUGCUAGUGAUGGGAGCUACCCCAGAACACCGGAAGCAGUGGCAGCAUGAAGUGCCAGAAACCUUGAUGAGUGUUUUGGCAGCUGCUCAUCUAAGGAGUGACUCAUUUUCUGCCAACAAAGGAGAAUGUGUGGGGACACUAGAGCCAUGGAUUCCUAAAGAAGAUGAUGGGAAGGUGAAGAUGGAUCCGAGCAUUGAAGUAGAUGAAGCACAACUAGAACCAAGAUCAGAUGAUGAAGAUACAAACUUUGAAGAAUCAGAAGAUGAGUUGAGAAAUGAAGUAGUUGAAUCUCUAGAAAAACUCACUACUUCCAAAGAGGAAGAAAAAAGAGAAGAGGCUUUCUGUUCCUCUGAGGAUGAAAAAUUUAGGAGAGGACUAAACAUACAAGAAUCUCCAUAAUUAAAUGAAGAUUUGAAGAGCAUUUCUGUUCCUUGUAAUGACUUACUUUGCAUUAUUUAUGAAGACCAAGAAAUAGCAACCACCAGUGAAAACACGUGUGUGAUUCUUGCAAUUUUCCUUAAGUACUAA